UCAUUUCAUAAAUGCCUGUCUUUUAAAUGACCUAGAAGAGAGAGAUUGAGUUGGUGAGUCGCCCUCUAAUCUGGUACUUGGAACCGAAACGUAAAAUUUAGAUUUUUUUCAAGUACUUUUAUAUUUGAGAAAUGUUGAGAACUUUCAUUCUACGAAGCCAUGUUUCAAAAGAAAUAUUGAGAAAAACAGUUAGAUCAAAAGCCAUCAAAACUGUUUCAACAGAAUGUAUGAAAAAACAGCAUUUUCACAGGUCUGCCAGGGAGAGGAGCCAAUUUUCAAUAUUUCAAAAAUUGGCUACCACAGAAGAGAACUUAGUAAGGCAUUACUCCAGCGAUAUGCCAGCUCACACCAGAGUUACCUUACCAGCUCUUUCUCCUACAAUGGAAUCUGGUACAAUUGUCAGCUGGGAGAAGAAAGAAGGUGAAAAGUUAACAGAGGGCGAUCUUCUAGCUGAAAUUGAGACUGAUAAAGCUACAAUGGGCUUUGAAACUCCUGAAGAAGGAUAUUUAGCAAAAAUUCUUAUUCCAGCAGGCAGUAAAGAUGUCCCAAUAGGGAAAUUAGUCUGCAUUAUAGUGGAAAAUGAAUCAGAUGUUGCUGCUUUCAAAGAUUUCAAAGAUGAUAGCACAGCCGCCCCUCCUAAAGCAGCUGCACCUCCUUCAGCAGCUCCAACUCCCUCUCCACCUUCACCUCCUCCUCCGGCACCUGCCGUUGCUUCACCUCCUCAAGCUUCGACUGGAGAUAGAGUAUAUGCCAGUCCAAUGGCAAAACGAUUGGCAGAACAAAGAAAUAUCAGGCUUCAAGGUAAAGGGACUGGCCUAUUCGGAUCCAUAACUUCCUCUGAUGUUCCAGCUGCUGCAGCCAAGGCAGCUCCAACAGGUCGUGCACCAACUCCUUCGCCAACCGCUUCAGCAGCACCCUACAUGGAUAUUCCAGUAACAGGAAUGAGGGGAGCUAUUGCCAAAAGACUGUUGCAAUCCAAACAAAAUAUUCCUCACUACUACUUAUCGGUGGAAAUAAAUGUAGAUAAAUUGAUGGCAAUCAGAGCUAAGUAUAACAAGAAAUUGGAAAAGUCUGGUGUAAAAUUGAGUGUCAAUGAUUUCAUUAUUAAAGCAGUAGCCCAGGCUAGUUUGAAGGUUCCUGAAGCAAAUUCCAGUUGGAUGGAUUCUGUGAUUCGUCAGUAUAAAAGUGUAGAUGUUAGUGUCGCAGUAUCGACAGACAAAGGACUGAUUACACCUAUUGUCUUCGAAGCAGAAAGAAAAGGGGUUGUUGAAAUCAACAAAUUAGUUAAGGCGCUAGCUGCCAAGGCUCGUGAAGGUAAAUUGCAACCCCAAGAAUUCCAAGGAGGUACCAUCAGUGUAUCAAAUUUGGGAAUGUUUGGAGUCGAUAAUUUCUGUGCAAUAAUUAAUCCUCCUCAGAGUUGUAUUUUAGCCAUAGGAACUACUACUAAGAGAUUGGUUCCUGAUUCGGAAACAGAAAAAGGAUUCAAAUCAUCGGAAUUUCUCAAGGUAACAUUGAGUUGUGAUCAUCGGACAGUGGACGGAGCUGUAGGUGCUCGAUGGCUUCAAGUUUUCAAAGAAAAUCUUGAAGAUCCAGUCUCUAUGAUAAUUUAAGAAAAAAACAAUUUCUGAAAAUGUGAUUCUUGAAUUUAUUGAACAUUAUUCAUGCUGCCAAUGGUCAGCCUGACCAACACAAACUAUGGAGUGCCUAGAUCACAUUAAAUCUGAAAUGAGGAGAGUCGGAGCAAAUUUGUAUCUAAUGAAGACAUAAUGGAAAUUGACGGGUUAAUCACAAGUAUUAUAUAAGGUUAUUGUCUAUUUCAGAUAUAUUGUACAGAUAAAAAAAUUCAAUUUCUUUCUGUUGAGUGUUUAAUUUAAUUACAAACUUUCAUAUUUAUUAACGUUUCUCAACAAUAAAAUUCACUUAUUCAUAAAGUAACAACUCCAUAAACCAUAUAUAAGAACUUCUAAUCAAAAUAUGCAUCUAUGUGACCUUGCAACUUCAUUGUUUUCAGUCUUCACAAACAGGUGUCUUUUCUAUUAAGAUUAUUUUGUUACAACUCUCCUUGGUGAAAAAGUUUAUAUCACAAAAUGUUCAGUUAUUAAACAUAUUGAUUUUAUUAUUUAUUGACAUCGAUUUUUUUCAUAUAUAAGGUGAUCUAUAAUUUUGUGACUUGUUUCCAGUUAUACUCAGAGUUUGAAUUGCAUUUAUGAUACAAAUUCAACUUCAAAUUGAUUUUAAAGUUUGGUCUCACCAAUUUUGAAAUAUGUACGUACUCUUCAAAACCGUUAUGCUUGAAUUCUUUUAUGUUGUGUAAAUAUGAUAUAGAUAUUUAAUAAAUUAUAUUGGGAAUA